AUGGUAGCUCAACAAGGCAAGUAGAAAAAUACGCUAUUUUUAAAAAUUGCAAAAACUUUUUCAUUUGGUAUCCAAUUUUUUUUUCCAUUUUUUAAAAUCGUUUUUCAUCAUGUUACGCAAUUUCUAAAUCAAAAAAAAGUAUGUCAUGUCGCUGAUUUUUUUUCGCUUUUCAGCUUUGAAAAUUUUUGUCACUUUACAAGCUUCGUUUUUUUUUUCGCGUCGGUGAAUUUUUUUCGUUUUGACAUAUUAACUGAACAAUGUCUCCAUGAGUAACAUUGUCAAAAAUCAGAAGCGUUCCUCAUCUGGUUUUCUGUAUCGCAGUCUAUUUGUGAAUCGAGUCAGUUUUUUUCCCGACAUUUCUAUUUUUUUUAGCGACAUAUGAAUGGAAUGAAUAUUUCUAGCUAUACAGUUUUGUAGAGCGUUGUCGAUUACAUAUGGUUGUGUCAAAACUUCUUUUUUUAGUUCGUUAUUUAACCGGUAGAAACGCCUCGAAACCGUUUUUGCAACCAAAAAAAUCGUCAUUUUGGUGGUGUGAAUGGGCGUGGCUUUGCGCUGCCUACCUCUAGGGACCAGUUCAGCACUCCUAAAAGAAGUUCAAAGAAGAUUUUCAGUUAGUGGUGGACUUUGGCCAGAACCCGUUGCUGACCAAGAGCCUCGACAAGUUCGAUUGGUACAUCAUUCCGCAGGUCAACCCCGACGGCUACGAGUACAGCCGGAAUACGGUAAUGAGAAGAUAUCGUGGUGAAAAAUCAGAAAGAUGAUCUUAUUUAGCUUCUGAUGAGAUAGGAAUGUGUUUGGAAUUUGGAAAAUUACACUUUUUUAGAUCUAGAUUGAGAUUGGUAGCCACGAGAAUUUUUUGCUUUUGAGGCUUGGUUUUAUGUUUCAAGGAUGUUUUAAAAAAGAAAUAAAAAUUCCAAGUACUUCCAGAAUUUGUAAUCACGUCCUUAAAGUACCUAAUUGUAUAGCCGCUUCACUGUUAACUUGAGCCGCAAAGGGGCGUGGCCUGUCUGCGCUCUCCAUCAAUUCGACACUAUCUUGUAUGUUUGUAUGAACUUAAGCUAGUAAUUCUUCAAAAAAAAACAUUUUUCUCAAGUUUUUCACUCCUACUGUACACCCUCACUGAGCCACACUUUUCGUUCCAGGACCGUCUUUGGCGCAAAACUCGAUCAGUCAACAAGACGGUGAGCAUGUGGUGCACGGGAGUCGACGCCAACCGCAACUGGGGCUACCGAUGGGGCGAGGCCGGAAUAAAUCGGUCGCCCUGUUCGAACAUCUACGCCGGAAGCCAUCCCUACUCGGAGCCGGAGAUCGCCGGUCCGGUCCCUUUUAUUGAUUGAAAAUUUACCUCUCUAUUACAGAAAAAAUACAAGUUUCUCAAAAACUUCAAAAAAUUUUUAUCCUGUUGAAAAAAUCCGCUUGAGGUUCUAGUUAAUCGGCUUUACUUCUAAAGGUUUUUGAGAAAAAUCUUGAAUCUUCAUUAGGCGGUUUCAGUUUGGAAAUAUAUAGUUAAAAUAUCAGAAGAUCGUUUGGUCUAUGUUGUUUUAAUGAAAUAAGAAGAAAUAAUUUAAUAUGAUAUGAAUUUUGAUGCGAUAUUAUUAAUAUAUUAAAAAUAGUCUAACUUCUCUGCGUCUUUUUUUCUCACCGACGAAAUCAUAGAAACAUGAGAAUAGCAUGUAGACUUGAGAGGACGCAGAGAAGUCAGAAUUUUUUUAAAUUUUUUUCUUUUUUUCGUUUCGAAUCCUUUUUAAAAUGAAGUAGAAUAAAUUGUCUAAUUUUUUUCUGAACAUCGUCUAACAGUCUAACUUCUCUGCGUCACUUUUCUCUCACUAGCGAAACCAUAGAAACACUUUUUCUUUCGUGUCGAAUCCUAUUAAAUAAAAAUAGAAAAAAAUAGUUUAACUCAUCUGCGUCUCUUUUCUCUCACCGUAGAUAGAAAAACUGAAACAGCACCGGAAUACGAGAGGGUGCAGAGAAAUCAGACUUUUUCAAGUUUUUUUCGUCUUCAACUUGGCUCUUAAUUUUUAAAUGAAGUAGAACAAAUUGUCUAACUUCUCUGCGUCUCUUUUCUCUCAUUGGCGAUAGAAAAACGAAAAUAGCUCGUAAACAACAGAGAGCGCAGAGAAAACAGGCUUUCCCGAGUUUCAAGCCGAUCGGAAAACAGAAUUCAAUAAGAAAUGAAAAUCUGCAGGUCUGAAGGACUUUUUCACCUGGGAAGUGGCCAACCCGCAAAUUUACGUCAGUCUUCACUCCUACGGCCAACUUUUCCUGUCCCCUUGGGGAUAUACCAGCCAACAUACCGAUAAUUACCUUGACCAGGUUGAAAAUUGUUCCAAAUCAAUAGAAAAUUGAAUUUCUUGCAGCGAAACGCGGCCCAAGAAGCCGUCAUUGCGAUGAGGAACAAAACUGGCGUCAGCUAUAAUUUCGGAACCAUUUCCGAGCUCAUGUGUGAGUUUUGGGGUUGAAAGUUGCUUAUAAUGAAAGAUUAGGUCAUUGAAAAUAUUUUCAGGAUGAAAUAGAAAAGGAAUAAAAGGGAAAAGAUGGUUUUUGUGGGACUUAAAAAAUUUAAUUGAGCAAAUGUGCUCCAUGGAUAAAAGUAAGGAAUGCAAUUUUUCAAUCGAUACUCUCAAGCCUCGGUAACGGGAACCGGAGCAUCGAUGGAAUUUUACCAAUUUUCACAGAAAAUCGUCUUUUUUUUUAGCUUCAAUUCUUGCAUACCAAGGUUUAAACUAAAGGAGAGGUCAAACCGGCAGUUCCAGGGAUUCCUUAAGGGUACUGACGCCGCUUAGGUGAUCACUAGAAAUGCUCCGAUUUCCGUUACCUUGAUAAUAUCGAUUGAAAAGUUGCAAUUUUUGAUUUUAUCCAUGGAGCACAUUUGCUCAAUUAAAGUUUUUUGCAAUCGAUAAAUUUUUCAAAAGAAGUUUUUCAAGGUCUGAAAUUCAUUAAAGGGAUUUUUUUUCGGUCAGUUUUGCAAAAAACCUGCUUUUUUCUGAUAAAUUGAUCUCUCCUAAAACCAAAAAAAAAACGUCCAGACCCGGCCUCCGGAACGAGCAUCGACUACAUGCAGCACCGGGGUGUGCCCUACAUCUACGGGGUCGAACUCCGGCCUCAGGACACGGCCCACAGCUUCCAGUUCCAUCUGCCGACGCACUACAUCGCCCCGACCGGCGAUGAAAUGCUCGCCGCUUUGUUCGCCAUGGGCGACCAUGCAGUUCGAAUUCAGCGGCUUUGA